GCAACUGCCAAUUCUGAAGCUGGGAAACCCUAAAACCUAAACCCUUUUCCAGUUGCUGUUCUCUGUAGCAGUGCAGCCACAAUGAGAUUGGAGAAGUGUUGGUUUUGUUCCUCAACGGUAUAUCCUGGUCAUGGAAUCCAGUUCGUUCGUAAUGAUGCCAAGAUUUUUCGAUUUUGUAGGUCUAAAUGCCAUAAGAACUUUAAAAUGAAGAGGAACCCUCGUAAGGUCAAAUGGACCAAGGCAUAUCGAAGAGUGCAUGGAAAGGAUAUGACACAGGAUUCAACGUUUGAAUUCGAGAGGAAGCGGAACAAACCUGAGAGAUAUGACAGGAACCUUGCUGAGAAUGUGCUUAAGGCCAUUCCUAAGAUUGAUAAGAUCAGAGUCACCAGAGAGGAGAGACACCAUAAGAAUAGGUCCUUGCUUGAAUCUUCUAUUAUGUAUAUAGUGUGGAUUUGUGGAACUUUGGUAUCAUCCCCACCUCCUCACGAGAAACACGGACGACGGUGUUUCGCCAUAAGAACAAGUCGGAGGCUGCCUCACAAAGACAUUAGACCUCACGUCUAG